AUGAGCAGUUCGAUUCAAUUUGUUCCUCUUGUUGGAUCACAAAAUGAAGGACCUGUUUGUUCGAUAUUAAUUGUUGAUGAUUAUUAUAUUUUGUUGGAUUGUGGAUGGGAUGAAAAUUUUAAUACAAAGGAUUCACAUAUUCAAGAAAUUAUCAACAAUUAUCGGGAUAAAAUUGAUGCUAUUUUAAUUUCCCAAAGUGAUAUUUACCACUGUGGUGCUUUACCAUAUCUUGUUGGUAAAUGUGGUAUUUUGGAAAAUAAGAAGAAGGCUAAAAUAUUUGCAACAUUACCUAUUGUUAAAAUGGGCCAAAUGCAUCUUUAUGAUGCUUACCAAAAUAUAAGACAACAUCAAGAUUUUGAAACAUUUGACUUGGAUGAUGUAGAUCUUUGUUUUGAUUCUAUUCAUCAAUUAAAAUAUAGUCAAAGAUAUCCAUUGUCACAACAAACAACAAUAAUAACACAAAUUGAAGAAACCGAUGAGAAUGGAGAAGAAGGUGAAGGUGGUGUUGUUGGAUCAUCAGGAUCUGUUGCAGAAAUGGAAGGUGAGAAACUAGUCAUUUGUCCAUUCUUAGCCGGUCACACACUAGGUGGUACUAUUUGGAAAUUAACAAAGGAGACAGAUGAAAUUGUAUAUGCCAUAGAUUUUAACAUCAAAACAGAAAGACAUUUGAAUGGGUCUGUAUUAGGAGAACUUGGUGGUAAACCAGCUCUUUUAAUCACAGAUGCAUACAAUGUGAAACCUAUUCCAAGCUCAGAUCUUGGAGGGGUAGAUAAGGCACCAGCAAUCAAGAUUAUGAAAUCAAUAACAGAUACCUUAACCGGUGGAGGAAACGUUCUUGUACCAAUUGAGACAGCUGGUAGAGUUUUCGAAUUAAUGUUACUUUUGGAAGAAAGAUGGAAAAGAGAUCCCCAAAUGGCUAAUUUUGAAUUGAUUUUAUUGACAAAUGUUGCUUACAGAACUAUAGAAUUUGCAUCCCAUCAACUGGAAUGGAUGAGUGAUAAAAUUAUGAAGGGAUUCGAUGAAAAACGUGAAAAUCCAUUUAAAUUCCAAUAUUUUAGUGUUUGUCACAAUGUUGAAGAAUUAAUGGACAAGUUACAAAAGAAAGAACAAAUGAGAAUGAUGAUGGAAAAUCAAAUGAAUGACGAAGAUGAAGAAACAGCUACUACUGGAAAACAUACACCUAUGGUUGUUUUGGCUUCUUCAAAUACUUUAGAUUACGGAUAUGCUAGAGAACUAUUUGUAAAGUGGUGUGAGGAUCAAAGAAAUUUGGUUAUGUUUAUUGAGAGGUCUGCUCCUAACUCUUUAUCAAGAAAAUUGAUUAACAAGUUAAGAGCUAAAAAAUCAGAAAGAUUAGACGAAAAUAUGAGUUUAACAUUGUAUCGUAGAGUUGCUCUCAAAGGAGAAGAAUUGGAAAAAUAUGAAAAAGAACAACAAUUGAAACAAGAAGCUGAAAAGAAAAGAAGAGAAGAAGAAGAAAGAAAUAAGAGAGUUAUUCACGUUAGAGAUGAAGACGAUGAAGAUUUGGACUUGAAGAAAUCGAAACAAUUCAGAGAAGAAUUAACAGGAGGUGCUGAUGAUGAUUCUCAAACUCAUGCCAGACUUUACCUACCUGAGAAUAUGCGUUAUCAUUCACAAUAUUUGAUGUUUCCAUGUAUUGAAAGAGGUAUUUCUAAAGAUGAGUAUGGUGAGUCAGUUGACCCUGAAGAUUUCAAACUUAGAUUGCUUCAAGCAGAUCAAAGUGAACAAAUAAUGGCUGACAAUACUAUUCAUGAAGAAGAAGAUUAUUAUGAACCUCCAUCUAAGAUUGAAUCUGAAAAUGUCAGUGUAAGAAUUCUUUGUAAAUUAGCUUAUUUAGAUUUUGAAGGAAGAUCCUCUCCUGUAGACAUCAAGAAUAUUUUACAAAAGAUUAACCCUAGAAAACUAAUUUUAAUUCACGGAUCUCAAGAAUCAAUUAUUGAGCUUUCAGAUUAUUGUGAAACUAAGAAAAUUUCAGAACAAAUCAAAACUCCAAUGGAUCUAGAAGUUAUGGACAUGACAAUGGAUACCAACAUGUUUAAAGUCAAGCUGAAACAAGAUUUAUUAAGUCAAAUUCAUUAUAUUAAGAGUGGUACUAAUUAUGAUAUGGCUUAUAUUGAAGGUAUCUAUAGAGUUGAAGAAGGCAGCGAUAUUCCUUGCAUUCACCCAAAUCCAAAACCAAAGGGCCAUCCAACAAUGCUCAUUGGUGAUUUAAAGUUGAAUCAAUUCUUCAAAUUAUUGAAAGAAAGUGGCUUGUCAGCUGAGUUCCAACAAGGAGGUGUUCUUGUUUGCAAUGAUGAAGUCAUGUUGCAAAAGGAUAAAAAGUCUGGAGAAAUUCAAGUUUUUGGUUCUCUGAGUCCAACCUAUUUCCAAGUUAGAGAAUUGCUCUACAAGUUCUAUUCCGAACUUUAA